AUGCCUCUUGAGGUGUUUUUCCAUGAACACGUUUUGUGUGGCAACGAUUUACGAACUCCAUUUUUCUCACAAAAUACCUUGUGGACCGUCGUGAAGAAUGCACGGAAAGGCAGAGCGAUAAUUCUCACUACCCACUCGAUGGAAGAAGCAGAUUAUUUAUGUGAUCGAUUAGGAAUAUUCGUUGAUGGAAGCUUGCAAUGCGUAGGAAAUUCUGCAGAGUUGAAGGCAGGAUAUGGAGGCUCUUAUGUGUUUUCCAUCACAACAUCAUCUGAUAAUGAGGUGGAAGUUGAGAACAUGGUGCGACGCCUAUGCCAAAACGCCAAUAAGGUAUACCAUUUAUCAGGGACACAGAAGUUCGAGUUGCCAAAGCAUGAAGUAAAAAUUGCAGAUGUAUUUCAACUAGUUGAGAAUGCAAAGAGUAGAUUUACAGUUUAUGCUUGGGGUAUGGCUGAUACAACUUUAGAGGAUGUUUUUAUCAAGGUUGCUAGUACUGCUCAGGCCUUCAAUGAAUGA